GGAGCGGCCAGGCGGCAGUCGCUCGGGAGCGGCGGGAGCUUGAGGGGUGGCGGGCUGCCGCCAGGGAUGCUGCAGAGCGCCCCGCCAUGCAGCCGGCGGAGAUCCAGUUCGCGCAGCGGCUGGCGUCCCACGAGAAGGGCAUCCGGGACCGGGCGGUGAAGAAGCUGCGCCAGUACAUCAGCGUGAAGACUCAGAGGGAGACAGGAGGUUUCAGUCAAGAAGAACUCCUGAAAAUAUGGAAAGGACUCUUCUAUUGCAUGUGGGUGCAGGACGAGCCCCUCCUGCAGGAGGAGCUAGCCAACACGAUCUCCCAGCUCAUCCACGCCGUUCACAACCCAGAGGCCCAGCACCUGUUCGUCCAGACCUUCUGGCAGACCAUGAACCGCGAGUGGACGGGCAUCGACAGGCUGCGCCUGGACAAGUUCUACACGCUGAUCCGCCUGGUCCUGAGAGAGUCCUUCGAAGCUCUGAAGCGGACCGGCUGGGAAGAAAGCCGGGUCAAGCUUUUCCUCAAUGUCUUGAUGAAGGAAGUCUUGCACCCCGAGAGUCAGUCUCCCGAUGCAGUGAAAUUCCACUUCAUUGACAUCUAUCUGGACGAACUGUCCAAAGUAGGAGGGAGAGAGCUUUUGGCAGAUCAGAAUCUCAAGUUUAUUGAUCCAUUCUGCAAAAUUGCUGCCAAGACUAAGGACCAUGCACUGGUGCAGACUAUAGCUAGGGGUGUUUUUGAAGUCAUUGUAGAUCAGUCCCCUUUUGUGCCUGAAGCGGCAAUGGAGGAACUGCCGACCAAAGUGGGCGGCAGCCACCGCUCCGAAGACGAGAGAGCCGGGAACGAGGUGGCGUGGAGGAAAACACUCAGUAAAAAGAAGACAGCACUGGGCAAAUACCACUCCAGGAAGGACGGACUCAGUGAUGACGGUGAGGGAGACGAUGGUGGCAGCGUGGAGGACACGGGGCCGCUUCUCCAGUUUGACUAUAAGGCCGUUGCUGCCCGACUCCUGGAGAUGACCCACAGGAAAAACAUCCCUCCCUUCAACCGGAAACGUCUCUCCAGGCUAAUCAGGAAAUUCCAAGAUCUCUCUGAAGCAGGUGGGAUACCUCAACUCGGUUUUGCUGAGGACGUUUCUACCGAUGAAGAUGACCACGCCUUCAGUCAAGGAAGGCCUAAGAAAAAGGGAAAUAAACUUCUGGAGAAACCGGACACGGAAAAGGGGACAGGAAACGAGUUCUUCGUGGCUGAGGGAGAAGAGAGGAAAGGCGGUGUUCAGAAGAGGAAAAGGAAAAAGAAGAAGAACCAGCUUCAGCUCGAACACCUAGGGUCCAGGGACGCAGCCACGCCCGCCCAGCAGAGUGGGGGCAGUGAGGCCGAGGCAGGUCCGGGAAGAGCACAGAAGCAGGGUGUGCUUGAGCUGGGGGCAGGGGCUGCGCCCGGCCCCCAGGAGCAGAGCGGCUCAGAGUGCCCCCCCUCGCACCCUCCCACACGCAGCAGGAGGAAACGAGCGAGGAAGAGGAACCCACAGUUCCAAGGGCUGACCUCGGAGUCAGCAGCGUCACCUUCGGAGGACUUGUGUCAAGGUGGCCUCAGCAAUGGUCACGGUCAGGCGCUUGCCCCCCAAGCGUCCCCUGCCGGUGGAGCCCCAGCCCCUAAGAGGAAGCGGAAACUCAGGGCCCCCUGGGCCAACGGUAGCCCCUCCACGCCGGCCUGGCCCCCACCGCAGGAGGAGGGCCCUGCGGCAAGCCCAGCAGACGGAGAGCGUUGCCCAGCCUCCCUGCCCCAGGCUGGGAGGCUAAAGAAAAAGAAGGGGGAGCCCGGCCGCCUUGACCUCUACAACCCAUGCACGCAGAAGACAGCCAUCUUCAAAAAGAGGAAGAAGAUGAAAGAGAUGUUGAACUUGGUGGAACACAGCAGAGCAUUGGAAUCCGAACUCAAGCUCGUCCGGACUCUGGGGAGCAGUGGAGCUUUCAGCCCUUUGAAGAAGAAGAAGCUGAGGACCGAGAAUGACUUUGUGAAAUUUGAUACGCCCUUCCUACCAAAGCCCCUGUUCUUCAGGAAAGCUAAGAGCAGCCCAGCCACCUCUGUGACCCCUGCUAUGCAGCUCAACAAAACCCCGUCCAGCUCCAAGAAGGUCACCUUCGGGUUGAACAGAAACAUGACUACGGAGUUCAAGAAGACAGACAAGAGCAUCUUGGUCAGUCCCACGGGUGCCUCCCGAGUGGCCUUCAACCCUGAGCAGAGGCCCCUCCACGGAGUGCUGAAGACCCCCACCAGCUCCCCCGCCAGCACCCCCCUGGGGCCCAAGAAGCCGCUGACCCCCACACCAAAGAGAAGGCCGACGGCCAUGGACUUCUUCUAGGAGAGGAGCAGAGUCUUAUUUGUAAGGACCGCUUUUGUACAGAAUGCUCUACAAGUUGUAACUUUAUAGGUGGGGUGUUUCCUAUUGCUCUGUGAGUUGUGUGUCCGAGGGUCUGGGCGUGAGCCGUGCUGCUGCUGCUGCUGCUGCUGCGGGUGUCCUGGCUGGAGCUUCCGCUACAAACAUCCUUCCUGCUGCAGCUCGCCGGGACCCCACGUUUGUGGGUCCUUCGGUGCCUCCACGGGCGUGGGAGCCGAGAGCGUGGUGGUGGCCGUCACCGCGGGCAGGCGCCGUGGGCACGGGGACAGCCAGAGUUGGACUGAAUCCGCGGUGCAGUCGUCUCUCCAGCCGGGCUCAGCUGGAGGUGGACCUGCGAGCGGGGGCGGGGAGCAGCGCCCUGCGGCCGGCCGAGUCCUUCCCUGUGAUCCUACCUCUCAGCCGACCCAAAGUGUCCUCACUGGCGGGGGGCAGCGCCGCCCGCUCGCCUGCCCAGGUCCCCGUGCUCCGGCUGCUCUGUGUACGGGAGUGUCCGCGCCAGCCUCCGCAAUGCCUGGCGCCCACGGAGCGGCUUUUCGUCUUAAAGGAGAACCCAGCUCUCCAGGGAGGUGGCGGCAGCGUCUGAAGAGCCCGGCCCCCGCUGGAAGGCGGGCAGCGCAGUCUUCAGAACAGCGUGUGCAUAUUUAUUUGUUCGUUGCUACCUUGUAUCUGAAAUACUGAGUCUUGCACUUACAGGUUUUUAUAAAGUCUAAUUUUAGUUAAUCACAAAAAAUCGGGGCCAGGGAAGGCACACAGACCUGAACUGGGGAGACAAAUGAACUUGGAGCAGCCUCGCUGCUGAUCCCUGACCUUGUUUAGAGCAGCUGGGCCUGCCCUGAGCCUGGGUGAGGGACGGGGUGCAGACUCCGAAGUCGGGUGGUCGCCCGCCUCGGGAAAGUGCCUGGUCCCUGGCUCCCUCUCAGGUUCGCACUCUGACAGUGCAAACCUACAGGAGGAGUCAUAAUGGAGGGACACCGUUUUCCCUCUGGUGCCCAGCGCUUCCCGGCCUGCUCUCUGCUCCUGGGUCUCAGGCCUCCUGGGAGUCAAAGUCCCCCGCCUCCCAAGCCAGAGCCCCAGUUGCUUACCAAAGCCGGGGCCAGCCCCCUUUGCUACUCCCCAGCCCAGGGCCCCAGCGCGCCCUCAGUGGCUCAGGCCGUGGCUUCCGGUGAAGGGCGGCCGUCUGAGAUUACAUCAUCCAGCCGCCCGGUUCCCGUGACCACAGAACCAGGGUGGGCUUCAGCUGCACACCGGAGGUGGGCGGGCUUGCCCGCGAAGGCCCUGCUGCAGAGGAAAGGGAACUGUCCCUCGCCUGCUCUGUAACAAAGUGUCGGCGCGUCUCUGUAAUGAAGAGUCUCGUGUAGGAAAUGUACCUGUUGCAGCUGCGUGGCCCUGGUGUGCUGCGUUGGCUGUCGCACCCGACACUCCAUCGGGACCAGAACUGGAGUGUGAAAAGAUAAGAUUUGAGUGGUCCGAUAUUUUUAACUUAAAAAAAGAAUUCAUUAUCCUUGGUCACAUUAUUUUUCUAACAACUUCUAUUUUAGCUUCAAAGAUAGGUCUUAGAGCCAAAUGGACUGCAUAACCCGACGGCGCUGAGCCAUCUUAGCAAGACGGUCCAGCCCACAGAGGGCGCAUGUGUUCUCGGGACGCCUGUGGGGCCCUCCCCCGUGGCUGCUGCCCGCCCCCUGCCCCCUGUCUCUGAGGCGUCGGGAUGCGGGCUGCCCACCCGUGGGCGUGGGCCCGGAGGCCGCGUGUCCGGGGUCGCAUCCGCCCUUCUCCAAAUCCGCCCUCACUCCACUUUGUGGGUAAGUCCCGUGGCUUGAUGUGACUUACUUUUAAUCUCUGUACAUUUUGGCUACAAAGGAAAAAGAAAUUUUUAAAAAAUCCUCAUUCCCUAUACACACAGAAGAACGCGUCACAUAAAGAAACUAUUUAGAGUAACGGUUUUCUGCCUGGUGCCUGUCGUUUUCCUGGGUGAAAUGGCCGAGCGGACCUGGCGGUCCGAAGCAGGAAGGGACUGAAGUCACUGGGCGCCGCUGGUCUGCGCGGUAGUUUGUGAAACAGCCUGUGGGGUCUGGUGUCACGCGUUACAGUGCGUCGUCCUCUCUGACCUGUCCUGAACUGAAAGCACAAGGCGGGUGUAAAGCCGUUGUUGGUGUGGGGGGGAGAUUAUGAAAUUGAGUCCAUCUUUUGAUUUUUGUACAUUUUCUCUGAAUUUCCCCGACCGCUGGCAAGCCCCGUUCGUUUACAACCAGUCUGCCGUCGUGUCCGUGGGGCUUGUCAGUGCUCGGCAAAGCCAAGUUCAAUAAAGAGAAACCUGUCUGCCCUCA